GGUGACAAGCUCGGACAAGAUGGAAGGUCAUGCUGAACAGACAGGUUGGAGCAGGCCAGCUAUGGUCACCCAAGAAGGAUUCAAGGGUAUGCAGCCUACACUUUGUGGAUGGAAGACCAACAAAAGAGAAUCCCUACCCAUCUUUGAACCCUGGCUUUACUGAUACGGAGAGGAAAGUAAAGCGUCUCCUCUUCAGUGACCAGGUGAAUCUCCCCUCAGCCAAGAAAAAAAGAUGCCUCAUCAUGCCGUCUGUUGAAGUAUCAUUAGACGGUAUGCUACCACCUCUCUCCAAGCCAGAUCUGGACCCGUUAGGUGGUGACCCCUCUGCAGAUCAGUCCAGGGAUGCCACACCUGACCUGCCACCAUGCCUACCCACUGUUGUCUCAGUACACUGGACGGUUCAGUGCGUUUCUGCUGCUAAUCCAGUGCUUGUCAAGGUUGGCCUGCAGGUACCAUGACCAAGCAUGAGCACUACACAAGCAAGUCCAGGGCCUCACUCUGCUUCUGGCUGAAGAAAAAAGGAAGGUAGUCCGUCUUGUAGCUCAAGUGGAGAAGAUGAAAGCUGACAGCAAAGAGACUUCA